AUGACGACUAAUACUGAUACUGCUACUGAUAUUCCAGUCUCGGCGCCCCAUGCGGCCGACGCGCCCGAGCGUCGACGACACUACACAACCUACAACGUGGCAGUGAUUCUGUUCAUGUCGAUUGGGUCCCUCUCGUACGGCUACAGCGCAUCGAUCAUCUCGACCACGCUGGGCCAGCCGUCCUUCAUCACAUACAUGAAGCUCGACACAGCUUCGAACGCCUCGGCCUUGGAGGGAGCCAUCACUUCGCUCUACUUUGUCGGAGGAGUAUUUGGCACCUUCCUGGGCAGCUACGUGGCCGAUCGAUGGGGGCGAGUGCGCGCCAUCGGGCUCGGAGCGGUCCUGAUGGUCAUCAGUGGUGGUUUACUGGCCGGCAGUACGGCUGUUGCCAUGUUCAUCACUUUUCGGUUUUUCAGUGGAAUGGCAGGAUAUAUUCUUAUUGCCGGCGUGCCGUUGUGGAUCAUCGAAAUCGUCCCUCCUGGAUCCCGAGGCAUGUUGGUCGACAUCCAUCCGGCCAUGUUUGUCUUUGGAUACCUCGUCGCUUGCUGGACCGGAGUGGGAUUCUACUACGCCCAUGGCAGUGGUGGCAUCCAGUGGCGAAUCCCUAUAGCUGUCCAAUGCGCCUUUCCUCUGAUCCUCCUGUGUGGUCUGAAGUGGAUGCCGGAAUCGCCGCGGUUUCUCAUCUCCAAAGAUCGCACCGACGAAGCCUGGCCCGUCCUCAAGCGACUACAUAAUCGACCCGACGACCCAGACGACCAUUACGCCAAAGCCGAGUUCUAUCAGAUCAAGAAGCAGCUGGAGCUGGACAGACAACUCGAGUCGUCGUAUCUCUCCCUCAUCACCAACAAGUCGUAUCGGAAACGUCUCGUUUACGGGUCUCUUUGGAUCUUCUUCAUUGAAAGCUCUGGAGUGCUCGUCAUCGUCACAUAUGCAUCGACCUUCUAUGGCCUUCUCGGCUACGGGCCAGCCAAACAGUUAUCUUUCACCGCGGGAUGGAUGACCAUCUCCUGGGCAUCGUGCGUCGGUGCCUGUUUCACCGUCGAUCUGUUCCCACGCCAAAUCACCGCCGGGUUCGGCUUGCUGGGCUGCCUGGUCUGCUUGGUGGUUGAGAGUGUCCUGAUCGCCCUAUUCGUUGACCAGGCAGUGCCGAACGAGGGUGCGCUCGCAGCCGCGGUGGCCAUGAUGUUCCUUUUCCCCGUGUUUUUCUCCUUCGGCCUGGACGGACCAACCUUUAUCUUUCUGGGAGAGAUCUAUCCGAACCAUCUUCGAUCUAUGGGGCUCAACAUAGGCCUGGCGGUUCAUGCUCUGACCAAUGUGAUUUGGCUGGCGCCUUGUGCGGCUGGUUUGAAAGCCAUUGGCUGGAAGUAUUUCCUUCCUCUGAUCUGCGUCUCGUUCGUGGGAGUCGUCUCCAUCUUCUGGUUCUACCCAGACACCCGGAGGCUUCCUUUGGAAGAAGUGGCCAAGAUCUUCGGGGACGAUGAGUUGGUUGCCGUCUAUCAAAGGGAUCUAGAAAGCGUCGAGAUGACCGACCCCAAGGCCUUUGAGACUGAACACGUUGAGAUUGUGGCAAAGCGUACAGAGGGUGAGGGUGUUGCCUGA